CAGUUGAUCUAAGGGCGUACACAAGUUCGGUAUAGCGUCAGUCUUAAGGGUACAUUUAUCUCACGGGUGUAUUACCUGACUAUAGUAAUCAUAUUUCUUAUAUACUUACAAAGUACUCAAGUGCAACACAAAGUUAAAAUGUUAUUUCUUUGGUGAGUUGUUCAGGGAAUACUUAGAAGUGCAGCAAUAUGUCAAGGUCGGUGACUUGGACUUUGUUGGUGGUGAUCGGGCUCUUCUAUGUCGUCACAGCCGAAGAAGAAACUAAAUUUAAAUGUCCCACGAGUGCCAAAUACUUCUUCCCGUGUUUCUGUACUAGAGGAGGUGAAAAUGGUAUCUUCCUUCGGUGUGAAAACACUAACCUUGCCUCCGUAGCUGUAGGCCUCGCCAACGUGAGACUCCCCAUCGAAGAACUCCACUUGUACAAGUGUAACUUCAAGAAGCUGUACGGUGAUGUGUUCAGGUCUCUCCUACUGCACAAGGUGGUGCUGGAGGACACACCAGUCUCCGAGGUGAACGGUGACGUGUUCGAGCCUGUGGCGGACAUCCUUACAGGUCUACAUUUUAUCCGCGCGCCCCUCCAGGAUCUCCCUGAAGCAGCCCUCCGUCCUCUGAAGAACCUGAAGGUGUUGGAGAUAAAUGGGGCCAACCUGACGCGAGUGAGGGGAUCAGUGCUCACACCCUUAAGUAAACUGGAGGUCGUUCACCUCACCAACUGUGGCAUCAAGAAUAUCAACCAAAAAGCCUUCCAGGGUUUACCGAAAAUGAAGAAAAUAGACCUAAGCUACAAUAAGCUGACCAACAUCCCCAACGGUGUCUUCAAAAACAAGAGGAACGUGAGAGCCCUCGACUUGUCCUACAAUAAGUUUUCCAAGCUAGAUUCCAAGUACUUUCAGGAUCUUAAUCAGAUGACGUGGUGCAACAUGUCUCACAACCAAAUCAAAGACUUCGGCAGGAACACCUUUGCCCGAAACUCUGUACUGGGGUGGCUCAGCAUCUCCCACAACCUCAUCAAAAGGGUUGAGGCUCACACCUUUAGGUCUCUGAGGUUCCUUCGCCGCCUGUACCUCAGUGACAACCUCAUCGACACUGUGGGUCGCAGUGCCUUUAAUGGCGCAUCACGUAUAGGAACCAUUGACCUAUCACGCAACAAGCUCAACAGUGUGGACACCAAGGUGUUUGAAGAUCUCCAACAUUGUGAAAUAAUUGAUUUAGCAGAAAAUCAAAUAACAACGAUAAAAAAAAAUGCUUUUGUUGAUCUCCACUUGGUGUCAAUCAACAUCAGCCACAACCAGAUCACAACGUUUGAGGACGAAUCUUUCGUCAACACUAACAACAUCACCGUGCUUGAUCUCUCUUACAACAACAUUUCCUUGAUGCAAGAGGAUGCUUUCUCAGGACUGUCAAGUUACAUGACUGAACUAAAGUUGGAAUAUAACAAUAUAUCUGAUCUUUCCCAUAUUACUUUGAAGUUCUCUGGGAUUAAAAUCCUAAAUGUAUCAUACAAUCGAAUUGAAAUAAUUCCCAGGAGGACCUUCCCAGAGCUCUAUGCACUGCACACAAUUGAUGCAAGUCACAACCAGAUCACCACUAUUGACAGAAGUGUGUUCUCUGGCCUCUACUCCAUCAGACGCAUGAACCUCAGCCACAACAAGCUGAAAAUACUUAAAGGCAGCAUCUUUGGUUCCCUUCCAACUCUUCUGAGGGUUGACAUGUCGUACAACGAGAUUACCAUGAUCUCUAGAGGUAUGUUUGCUAGCUUGGUGUCUCUGCGGGAGUUAUGGCUGAAUAACAAUGCCAUCAACAGCAUCUUCCUCAUCCCUCAGGCCCUCAACUACCUCCAUUUUCAGCACAAUAACAUAUCCAGCAUCCGGGCUGGCCACACGUGGCCUCUGAUGAAUGCUCUUCUUUAUCUGGACUUGGACCACAAUAAUCUCGGUGACUCUAUGGGAGGGGGGACCUUCCAGAACCUUAACUCUCUCCGCACUCUGAGUCUAAAUAAUAAUUCCAUAACAGAACCUCCAUGGCAAGCAUUUAGUGAAAUGCACACAUUACAGUAUUUAAAUCUUGACUACAAUAAAAUCACUAACCUCACGAGGGGAGCAUUUGGUCGUCUCCCUGUCGUGUUUAGACUUAAUCUUGCCUACAAUGGAAUGACCAACAUCAGCAAACAAUCUUUUGAAGGACUUUUACAGCUGCUCUCCCUCAACCUUUCACACAAUGCCCUUCACCAUAUUCCUAAUGAAGCUUUCAGAGGCUGUGUGUCAAUGCAGUCCAUUGAUCUGUCUCAUAAUUUUCUAAAAAAAAUUGAUAAUAACACUAAUGGGUUAAUGGAUGACCUUCUGUCAGUGCGGCACAUCAACGUAUCACACAACCUCUUUGGCACCGUGUCCAAGAAGAUGUUCCCUUACCACAAGUGGAUCCCUUACAACGUGCAGACGGUUGACAUGAGUUACAACAAUAUGCCGGUUCUUCACAAAAACCUACUCAUAGGUUUACAGAAAGUUAAACACAUCAAUGUCUCUCACAAUUUCCUCAAUGAAAUACGACCCAACGUUAUUGGCAACCUCACAAAACUGGAGGUUCUGGAUCUCUCUUCCAAUGACCUAGAGGCCUUGGGCAACAGUGUGUUUGGGCGGGGCAGGUCCCUACGGGAGGUCCACCUCCAGAACAACAGCCUCAUCUCCGUCCCCGCCCACAUCCUCAUGUCCAACGAGAACCUCACCUACCUCGACCUGUCUGACAACAACCUCCAUCAUUACUACGAGGAGUUUGUUCCCAGAGUCACCAAUGGCACCACUGUCAGGUACACCAACAACCCUAUAUUAUGCGACUGUUCGAUGCGUCGUAUACGUUCAUGGUUGGACACAUGGUUGAGAUCAGAGCCGUGGAGGGACAUAGUAUGCCAUUCCCCACUUCACUUGGUUGGCCGCCCUCUCUCUGCCAUCUUCGAGGAGGAACUCCGUUGCAAUGAUGAACGCCGUGGUCAGGAUUUGUAUCAGGUUAACCCGGAUGUUAGGUUCCGCUUCUUUGGGGAGAACCCGGAUGAGUUGCACAAGCUGGACGUGUUAUGGUAUGUGACGACAAGGGAGGAUGUGGGAGGUUUCAAGGUCAUGGUAUUCAAUAUCACCUCUGGCGAGGAGGUAACUCAACAUCCAUUCUCCUACACAUUACGCCGAGGAUUCUUCCCAGAUGUCCCACGGGGCAAGUACCGUGUCUGUGUGAGCGCCGUAGACUCAACCAACCAGACACGCGCCCUCCAACCCUCACAGUGCCAUAGGUUCAAUGUCAAUCACACAUCCACGCUGACUCCUAAGCCGAUCCUAGUUCUCCUUUUCACCAGCCUCAUUGUGUUGUUGGGGUUUAGGUGACACUUUUAAAAACAUGUAGUUCUAAUUAUUGUAAAUUGUGUAUAUUACUCGUGUUUGAGAACUUGAUGUCUUAAUUAUGACUUAGAGAUGAUUCAAACCUCUUUUUAUGACACCUUGAGCACAUGAGUAUGAUGAUUAUCCUCUGAAGAUGGUGACUAUCUCUCUCUUGGACUCUGAUGAAUAAUUCUGAGUGUAAUGAAACCUCAAGUAUAGGAACUACUGUACCAUGUAAGUGUGGUAAAGAACCAUUCAGUAUGAGAACUAUACACCCUAUGAUGAUUACCACUUUAAAAAUAAGGAUUAUAUGCCCUAUGAGUAUGAUGGCUGGCCCUCAACUUUGAUAGACUUUCACUUCUUUUGCAACUUGACCCAUUAGUAAGUUGAUCUACCACUUGACAGAUAAUUCUUAAAGAAAACAACAUUCCUGAGCAACAUCUGUAGUUUUAAGUUUAAUAGUAGUGAAACACCCAAGUGUUAUAGAUUGCCAUAAUGGAAUUGUCCUGAAGUACAACCAUAUAAAUAGUUAUUAAACCACAUUACAGUAUCUAAUCUUUUAACUUUUUUAUGAAACUUGAGUUUCAGAGAAAAGAUGUUUUAGGUUACAUGUACAAUACUGUCAUUUUAGUUUAUUCUUUUUACGUAUGUUGUAAUUCUCGAAUACCUUUAUAAAUUUGUCAUACAG